CGAGAUCCGUGCGUCACGAAAAGAAGAAUAUAAUUAUCAAACGAAGCUUACCAAAAAGCUCCCCAUUUUUUUUUUAAUCUCAACAGACAAAAUUGUAGAUUUGGAGCCCUUUCUUCUCCGAUUCCAUUAUCAGAUCUCGUCUCCCACCCCCGCGAAUUUGAAUUGGAAAUUGAACGAAAUUCAGUAGACGGGACAAUAAUUCUCUGAAAGUUGAAUCGUCUUUUUUUCUCCUUCUGAUCUGGUUCUCCUUUUGCUUUAUCCCCUUGAAAAACCCUAGGGGAAUCGAGGUUUCUAGGGUUUGGUUGCCGGGAUCUGAUUUCUCUGCUGUGUGUUUCUUUUUUGUUUUUGGUACUGGUUCAAUGAAUGAUCAGGCGCAGCAGAUGAUGAAUCAGCCGCAAAUGAUGGGCGGUGGUUCGGGUCGGGCGGGUCCGGUGAUGAACCCGCUUCCGACGGGCCCUCCGAUUAUGAGCCAGGCGCCUCCUCCACCGGUGAUGGCGAUGAGCAUGGGGCAGACGGGGCAGCUGAUGAACCCUGUUCAGGUUCAGCCACAGAUGAUGAACCCUACCAACCAGCCACAGCAGAUGUUGAGUCAUGGCCAAGUCAUGAGCCAGCAGAUGAUGAUGAAGAAUCAGCAGAGAGGGUACAAACCGUGGCCGCCGCAGCAGCAGCAACAGCUGCAUCCUGGGAAGUUUGGUUACUUUGUGCCGCCGUCAAAGCCCAGAACGGGUAACAACAACUGGAAGGGUAAGAAUAAGGACAGAAGGAUGGGGAAACCCAUGUCUAAUAAUAACAUAUCCAACAACAACAACAACAAUAGCAACAUUAGUGGUGGUGGCAGUAGCUUGACUGGUUCUUCUGGAGGUGGUGUUGGAGGAGCGAGUUACAUUCCGCCCAGUCUUAACGAGCUGCAAAAUCAGAACAGGAUGAAAACGCAGAAGCACUAUCACCAUAACAAGAAGAAGUAUAACAAUCGCUAUGCUCCUUACGCUCCUAGGAAUAGCACGUCGUUCAUCAUUCGUGCUAAGAAGUCUGGUGGGAUUGCGUCGCUGGUGUCGCCUUGUCCUGUUACACCUGCUGUACUGCCAACACCGGACAUUGAAAUUCACCCGAUGGAGGUGCUUGGUGAUGUGGCUAAGGAAGAAUGGGGAGUUGAUGGGUAUGGGUCGAUGAAAGGUUUGAUUAGGUUGAGGUCGCCGGGUCACGAGGUGGAGGUGAACGAGGAUGACGAGGAAGAUGAAGGUAGUGGGUCGAGUGAGAGUGACGUGGAGGAACAUGUGGAGGUUGAGAGAAGAUUGGAUCAUGAUUUGAGUAGGUUUGAGAUGAUAUAUCCUAGUAAUGCUGGAGGGGAGUAUAGUUAUAACAACCUUUUGGAGAACAGGGUAGAUGAUCAGGACACACAUAUAGCACAUCUAGAGGAAGAGAACUUGACCUUGAAGGAGAGGAUGUUUUUGAUGGAGAGGGAGUUGGAUGAUUUGAGAAGGAGGAUGCAGUUUUUGGAGCGGCAGCACCAUCAUCAUGGGCAGGGUAAUAGGAGUGGUAGAGUUAUGAGGGAAGUUAAUGAAGAAAUUUUGGAGAAUGUCUCCGAGAAUGAUUUGAACGAGUCCGAAAAUCAUGGUGAGUCAGAUGGUGCUGCUGAUAACAAGGAGAUGCCGAAGAUGGAGCUUGCCGAUGGACAUAGAGAGUGCUCUAAUGAUGAGAAUAAUGUGAAUGAAAAUAGUAGAGAAGAUGUUAAGUCAGAGACCAAUGAUAUUUGUAUGUUGGAGUCUGGUGACGAAGUUGUUGAAAAGAAAGAGGUCAAGUGUGAAGAGGGUAGGGAUCCUCUGGCGUGUGAUGCAUUAGUGGCUAACAAGGAAGAACCGAGGGAUAACGUGAGGCCAGAAAAGGUAACUGCCAAGGAAGAGGUAACUGCAUUGGGUGGUGAUUGUCGUGUGAAGGACAUCAUAGAGGAUACAGUAGAUGGUGGAUCAGGACAAGUGCAGGUAUAAGAGGGUUUCCUUACAGAAGAGCAUUUGGCGCUGGGUGAUUAAUCUCUAAUUAGUUAAUAGACCCAUGUUAAUGUUAGUCUCUUCCGACUUACGUAGGCAGAGUGUUUACUCUGCGAUUUGCACAAUGGAUAGGGGGUUUACUUUUAUGUACAUGGUUCUUCUCGCGUGUUGUUGUUGGUCCAGGAAGAAGUCUGAAGAAUUCUGCUUACGCUGUUUCUCAUGACACUCCCUCUUGGCCUUUAGCUUAUCUGGGAGUAGGGUUUUAGCUAUUAUUCUUUCAGUUGCAGUAGUACUUCACUACUUUGGUUGGGAUGAUGAAAUGUAUGUUAAGCAUAGGAAGUCCCUUGUGAAGCCAUAAGGUCUAUAUUUUGUUUUCAAGUUUGUGUAGAAUGUUUGGUUAUGCAAACUCUGUUUAUGUACUAGUUCUUCUAUCAUAAUGUCUGGGUUUGUUUUUCUAAAUCUUAUAUCAGAGCUGCGGCCUAGCGUCCUGAAGGUUUUUGUUACCAUGGGGCUGGAGGUCUGUGUUUCAUCUCAUGUGAAAGGAGAUUUUCGUGUCAUGGGGUUAAUGUUGAUGUACAUCAAUCAGUUUUGUCUUUGUGUUUAGGCUGUUCAAUUGAUUAGAACACAUGGAUGUUUGAGCAUCUUUCUGUUCCGUGUGAUCCACGUCUUGCUGGAGAACAGUAGUCAGCGAGGAUCAGCGAUGGAGCUUCAUUCUGCUGGAUGUUCAAGCUCUGGAUCUUAUGAAAAGGAUCUUGGUUUGGGGCUUUUGAUGCCAGUUUCUCAAUUCCAGAUAGCAACUUCGACACAGCGAAGCAGUUCGUUUGUAUCUGAGGCUCCUCCUCCUGAUGGUAUGAGGUAAUCAAACACUGCCGGCUGGUUUCAUUCAAUAUGAGGAUUUAACUCUUGCGUUUCUCCUUGUGAAAAAGACCGAGCUCUGCUUGGUAUGUUGUCUGUUAGUUGCAUUCCAGGCUCAGCAGAUCCCCGACCUGUCCAUGUUACACGACCAAUGAGCUGGUUCUGUUACACUCUGACCAGAGUGAAGAUGAAGGCCACCUGCUAAUGUUUGGGUUGGGUAUUCAGGUGACAUGGAUGCGUAUAGUUGCUCAAUGUGUUUCAAAAGCAGGUGGGUUUCCGCUAGAUGGAUCUUGUAUAACGGAGAAACUGAAAGUGAAAAGACAACAUCAAAUAUGGAUAAAAUAUACUUGUCGUCACCGUGUACAUUAACUAACUAGGCGUUCAUCAGAGGAGGGCAAGCUACAAAAUAUGUUUCUCAGAUAUACAACAUCAAAUAUAGGUACGUAUGCUUUCCGACCUAUGAUGGAAGUUGAGCCGGGUAUUUUAUGUUGUAAUCCUCCAAUAAUAUAUGGUAGAGUUUUGUUUACUUUUUUCCAUUUCAAAUUUCCUGCAACGAGAGUGGAAGUAGAAAGGAUAAUUUGGUCUUUACAAUUAAUUAUUUAUUUCAUAUAAAAAAUGUUAAUAUUAAGAAUUGAACCCGAGUCUCUUUAUGCAAAUAGAGUAGAAGUAGAAAGGACAAUUUGAUCUUUACAAUUAAUUAUUUUUUUCAUAUAAAAAAUGUCAAUAUCAAGAAUUGAACUCAAAUCUCUUCAAACCAAGGUUGUCAACCCGCGGGUUGACCCGGACCCGGUCGAGUUAGUGGGUAAGGGUUAAUGGGUCAACCGUUUUAGCCCGGUUUGACCCGAAAAUAUAGAAAAAGUCAUUAUAUUGUACUUAUCCUCAUAAAUUAUAUCAAAUUUUAUCUAGCAUAUGACUAUAACAUAUAAUAUAACACCAAAAUAACAUAUCGUACUUAAAUCCAACAUAUAGUGAAAAUUCACACACACUUAUAUAACAUAAAUAUUCAAAUGUUCAACUUAGAAUUCCAAAGAUUGAGUUGGGCGAAAAGAAAAACCGGAAAAUAGGCGCAUUUCGCAAACCAAAGAAAAAAAUGACACAAUUUGACCUCCAACCCGGUACCUUGUAGCGGUCGGCCCGGCGGGUGCGUAUGACCCGUUUUUCUCACCGGGUCAGGAUCAAAAUGGGUCGACCGGCGGGUCAACCCGUUGACAACCUUGUUUCAAACAAAGAUAACAAUCACAACCAUUUACACUAAGGGGUCGUUCGGAUGUGGAAAUCUAAAAACGUAGGAAUUGACUUUAAUUUUCACAUAAUAGAAAACCUUGGAAUUGACUAUUGGAAAUUUACCAAAAUUCCAUGUUUGGAUAGAGUUAUGGGAUGUGGGAAUUACUUGUAUGGGAAUCUUCCAAAGUACCAAAAUACCCUUCAACCCUUUCUACACAACUCAUUCUCAAUCCUCAAAUUUUUCGAACUAACUACAACCAGGGUUGUUAAACACCUAUCGAACCCCCGGUUGGACCCGAUCCGAUCCUAAUCGAGCUUCAAAACAGCCUCCAAAAAGCCUCCCAGUCUGACCCUUAAAGAGGGAGAAGAAGAGAGGGGGAAGAGAGGAAGAGUAACGAAGGAAGGGAGAUGGUGGAUGAGUCAUGAAGGUUAGGUAGAUUUAUUUUAUAAAAAAUAAAUUUUUAAUAGAUAUAAGUAAGAUAAAUUUUAUUUCAGUCAUUAAAUCUUUAAUGACUACCUUAUUUGUACAUAUAUAUAUAGAAAACGUCUAAAAUUGCUCAAACCGGCCGGACCCUAAUCAGACGAUUAAACUUCAAACCCUUUGCUUGACCGGCUCAAUGACUUAAACCUAUUUGACAACUUUGACUACAACAAAACAUGCUUAAUAUGAAUAUUAAUUCAAUAUAACGGUAGUAGCAAUCCAAGCAUUAUAUUUUGUACGUGAGAUAAACAAAACUCUAUGCUGACAAAAUUGAAUAACUAGUUGUUGCUUCUGCUAACUACUUUUGCUAUUGCUAAUUGCUUUUUGCUACAGCUGAAUUUUCUUGUUGCUGGCAUUUUUUAUUGCUGCUGUUGCCAAAGAGGAAGGAAAGAGGAAGAGAGAGAGAAAGCGAGGAAGAAAGAGAGAGAGAGAGCAAAGGAAGGAAGGAAGGAACGAGGGUUAAUUUGGGGAUGAAAAGACCAAUAACGUGGUAAUUGGCAAUUUCGGCCUGAGGGUGUAGUAUUUCCAAUAACUGCAAUCAUGGGAUUUUAACCAAAUUCCCACGACCCAAUUUCCAUAUGCUUUGGGCUCAGCCAAACAUGGGAUUGUAACUCAAUUACAUCAUUAUGUGGGAAUGUGGACCAAUUCCAACAUCCAAACGACCCCUAAAUAAAUUUGUUGUAUUUUU